AUGGCGUUGCACACCCUUGGCGAUGAGGCCAACUCGGGAGAGUUAAGCAUCCUCAAGGAAGAACCUUUUAGAGUCGGUCCAAAUAGAGCAUCCGCGGAAGGCAAUGUUCCAUAUGAGGGGUCCACCCCAAAUGAGGGGACCACCCCAAAUCGCCCCAAACUGACGAAUAUCCUUCUCAUCGUUGACUACGACGGAACGAACUAUAGCGGUUGGACGGGCGUUGAAAACUGUAGCAAUAUAUACCUAAGCGCAACGAGGAAUUACAAAAAUGGAACGACUGAGAAGACGGAGACAAAGGUGGGGGAGACAAAGGUGGGGGAGACAAAGGUGGGAGGGUCAAAGGGGGCAGAGCCAAAGUGUGACACGGUACAGAACGUUAUCCUAAACUGCAUUUUGCAGAUUCAUGGCUAUGGAGAUGAACUGAACAGACAUGAAGGGGAAGUGAAGUCCGAUUUGAAGGCCUUCGAAUUUAUUGGGGUAAGUAGAACAGACAAGGGAGUCCACGCCAAGGAGUAUGUGUGUCAGUAUGUGUCAUAUGAGAGGCCCCCUCCAUGUGAUGGCAACUUGCAUAAGCUCAAAAUGGCACUAAAUGGGUUACUAAAUAAGGACAUAAAAAUCUUGGGCGUUUUAAAUGCACCCUUCCCAGAAUUCAAUGUACGGAUAAUAGUUGGGACUUUGCUUCAGGUCGGAGUUGGACUGUUGCAGUACGAGGACGUGCGGGACGCUCUUCAUUUUAGCAAGCCACUCAAGCAUAACGAUCCGUACGAUCUCGAUGUCCAUCACUAUCUCGUUCAACAUACCGACCUCCACCCUCACUAUCCAUAUCACUAG